AUGCAGUCUAUCUCCUCAGAAUCGACCUUACCAACAGACGACCCCAAAGCCUCAGCCAUCGAGCUCCUGCGUGACCAUUUUCUUGAGCUUACCCCGGAUGGAAAAUAUGUGCGAUGGUUGCGAGAUCACCCAAGGCAUCCUCGAAAUUGGUCUGGCCUACGAAAGACUUACGAUAUUGUCCUUAUCUGUCUUUUGGACCUUUUUAUAACAGCAUCCAGCACCGCAGGUUCGGCAGCUGCUGCACAGGCCAAACAUGAAUACAAUAUUAGCGAGACACUUUCUAUUUUUAUAUUUGUCACAAUAUUCCUUCUCGGCCAAGUGGCAGGCACCAUCUUAUUUCCCCCGUGGUCGGAGACAUUUGGGCGCAGGAACAUGUACAUUGUGAGCAGUGGUCUCAGCGCCCUUUGCUGUAUGGUUAUCGGUCUGGUGCGUGUAAUGCCAGUCAUUAUCAUCAUGCGCAUCAUCGCCGGGCUUCUUUCCGCGAUCCCUUAUACCAUCAUCGGCGGCAGCAUCGAGGAUAUGUUCAACUCGCAUGCUCGAAUAUGGGCUAUGUAUUACUGGACAGUUGCUUCAAACAUUGGCCUCGUUCUUGGACCCAUCAUGAGCAGUUAUAUUGUUGCAGGUCUUGAUUGGAGAUGGAACUUUUAUAUCUUCUCCAUCAUUAUUGCUGCAAUCACAGGUGGUCUCUUCUUCAUUCGAGAAUCCCGACCUUCCUUGUUGCUAGCCUACGAGGUCAAACGGGUCACCGAUACUACCAUGCAAUUGAUUCCACCGCCACUCAACCACGACCAUAUCCCCGAUCUCAACAUGUUCGUGAAAGAAGCCCUCUUUCGCCCAGCCCAGCUCUUCUUCCAGGAACCCAUCAUCUUCGUCAUCGCAGUAAUGAUCUCCAUCGCCAUGUCCCUCAUCUACAUCUUCACAGAAGCCCUCCAACCCAUCUACGAAUCAAUGGGAUUUGCAAAGACCGACGCUUCACUGAUGUUCAUCGCUAUAGGCCUGGGGACCUGUCUUAGCACAUUGACCCGCGUGCUAGACGGCUACAUUCUCAACUAUUUCCGCAGACAGGGACGUCCUAUUAAGCCGGAAUACAAGCUCAUCGGGCUAGGUCUUGGUGGUCCAUUUCUGGCAAUUGGUCUAUGGUGGUUUGCCUGGACUAUUCCACCUGAGACCCACACUGCGUGGAUCGUGCCCACGAUUUCCCUCGUUCUGGUGGGUUAUGCGCUGACGGAAAUGGAUACUGUGUUGUACGGGUAUAUCUCCGAUUCUUAUUUGAGUUACUCUGCUAGUGCUACUGCUGCUGUUGCAUUUGUGAGAGCGUUGCUGUCUGGCGUCUUUCCGCUGUUUACGAGGCAGAUGUUUGAGCGGUUGGGAAAUAAUAAUGCUAUGUCGGUGCUUGCUGCUGUGGCAACUGCGUUUUGUAUAGUGCCGCCUGUGUUUAUCUGUUAUGGAGAGCGGAUUCGUCGGGCAAGCAAAUUUGCUCGGUAUAGUUGGGAGAUUCAGGAGGAGCUGGGGAAAGGAAAAGAAGAUUGGUGA